AUGUCUUACACGCCUCAGCCAUAUUCGCCUGCACCGCAAUCGAACUACUACUCCACCCCGCCAGCUCCUCCUCCGAAGCAAGCAUCAGGCACAAGCACGCCGGCCAGAGGCCCUCCACUCCCGCCACCACCUCCUGGACAAUACCAAACUGAACCAUCUGAGCUCGACGGCGCCCAGCAUUACUAUCCUCAGCAGCAGCAGCAACAGCAGGGUCCGCCGCAGCCUUCAAUUCCUCCCAUGGAGGGCAAUUGGCUACCGGAAACUCUUAAAGACAAAUCAGCCAACGACCUCCAGCACAUCUUGAGCACUCCAAGUCUGCAGAAUGCUCUGCUUUUAAAUCCAAGCACGACUCAUCCAGCAGUACCAGCUUCCGAAGCCUACCUUACACCAUUAAUCUCCAGCAAUUUGCAAAUCGCGACACAACUAGAAGAGACAGAAGCGAAACUUGCAGCCCUGCGAGAACGUACACAGUCCAGAUUGCUCGCACUUCGAGCUCUUGAACAGCAACACAGAACGAAAUUGAAUGAGACUGAGGAUGCUUUGCGAGAGUUCAGUCCUAUGGCACUUUAUCAGAGAUUGAAUGCAAGUGUUCAAGAGCAGGAACUUAUGAAUAGAGGGCUGGAGGAGAGCUGGUUGGAAGAAGAUGAUACAGCUACUGACAAGGAGACGGCUGAUUUCGUGAGGCGGAUGAAGGAAGGGGAGAAGACGGCAUUCUUGAGAAGAGAGAGGAAAGCGAGGUGGGACGAAGGGCGAGUUGGUGGUUGGAGGUGAGGCAUAGGUUGUUGUCUCCUGCAGCCAUUUACGAAGCGACGAACGAGCAGAUCACAUAGAGCUGGACCAAGUGCUGGAAAGGCUUCGGAGUUCCAAUUCUCUGAGCGUAGUUGUCGUCUGUUUUCAAUUUGGACUGGACAACGGUUGCAGCUCCGAUUCUGACAUAGGAAUGCUUGGACCACAGAAUCGAAUCUAGACUCAGGAAUUGAAAUCGUCCUCAAUAUGGCCCUCAUGGCAACAUCGUAACGACCAGCUCAGAUAAAUGGACCUGACGCUGCCCUCCUGGCCUCAGGUGCCCGAAAGCGCUCGAGCCGAAAGCUGUGCGCGUGCGCCGAGUGAGCUCAGCACAGCUUCGGUCGAAAAUUCUAGCCCACUAAUACAUACAAUCAAAAACGUUGGCCAUGCAUCGAAUCAAAGCAGGCCGGUUAAGUAGUAGGUAGAAGCCCUACUCGAUACGAAGGCAACCGAGACUCGGAGGAGUAUAUCCGGGGUAUAUAU